CCCUUGCGUCCCGCACUCGGCGGCGGUGCGUCCUGCGCUCCUCUCCUGCUUCGCGGUCCCUGCUCAGGUCUUCGCUGCCCUCCCCGCUCCAGGCCGCCGGGAGGCGAGUCGAGGGGACCCGCAGGCAGUGCGCCCCGAGGUUCCGGGCCCAGAGGAGGCCGCACAGGAGACGCGGGACGGGAUGGUCCGGCGAGGGGGCUGCGCGCUGCUGGCGCUGUGCGGCUCACUGGCCGCCUGUGCCUGGCUGCUGGGCGCCGAGGCCCGGGGGGCUGCGGGCCCUGCCGCGGGCUCGAGGCGGCGCCGGCGGCCGCAGGAGGACGGCAUCUCCUUUGAGUACCACCGCUACCCAGAGCUUCGUGAGGCGCUCGUGUCCGUGUGGCUGCAGUGCGCCGCGGUCAGCAGGAUCUACACGGUGGGGCGCAGCUUCGAGGGCCGCGAGCUGCUGGUUCUCGAGCUGUCCGACAGCCCCGGCGUCCACGAGCCGGGUGAGCCUGAAUUUAAAUACAUUGGGAAUAUGCAUGGCAAUGAAGCUGUUGGACGGGAGCUGCUCAUUUUUCUGGCCCAGUACCUGUGCAAUGAGUACCAAAAAGGGAAUGAGACAAUUGUCCAGCUGAUCCACAACACCCGAAUCCACAUCAUGCCCUCCCUGAACCCUGAUGGCUUUGAAAAGGCAGCAUCUCAGCUUGGUGAGCUGAAGGACUGGUUUGUGGGUCGAAGCAAUGCCCAGGGAAUAGAUCUGAAUCGGAACUUUCCUGACCUAGACAGAAUAGUUUAUGUUAAUGAGAAAGAAGGUGGUCCAAAUAAUCAUCUGUUGAAAAAUCUGAAGAAAAUUGUGGAUCAAAACACAAAGCUUGCUCCUGAGACGAAGGCUGUCAUUCAUUGGAUUAUGGAUAUUCCUUUUGUGCUCUCAGCCAAUCUUCAUGGAGGAGACCUUGUGGCCAAUUAUCCAUAUGAUGAGACGCGGAGUGGCAGUGCUCACGAAUACAGCUCCUGCCCAGAUGACGACAUCUUCCAAAGCUUAGCUCGGGCGUACUCAUCCUUCAACCCCCCGAUGUCGGACCCAGAUCGGCCCCCAUGUCGCAAGAAUGAUGACGACAGCAGCUUUGUAGAAGGAACGACCAAUGGUGCUGCAUGGUACAGCGUGCCUGGAGGAAUGCAAGAUUUCAAUUACCUCAGCAGCAACUGCUUUGAGAUCACUGUGGAGCUUAGCUGUGAAAAGUUUCCACCUGAAGAGACUUUGAAGAACUACUGGGAGGAUAACAAAAACUCCCUCAUUAGCUACAUUCAGCAGAUACACCGAGGAGCUAAAGGAUUUGUCCGAGAUCUUCAGGGUAACCCAAUUGCCAAUGCCACCAUCUCUGUGGAAGGAAUAGACCAUGAUGUCACAUCUGCAAAGGAUGGUGAUUACUGGAGAUUGCUCGUUCCUGGAAACUAUAAACUUACAGCCUCAGCGCCAGGCUAUCUGGCAAUAGCAAAGAAAGUAGCAGUUCCUUAUAGCCCUGCUGUCAGGGUUGAUUUUGAACUGGAGUCAUUUUCUGAAAGGAAAGAAGAAGAGAAGGAAGAAUUAAUGGAAUGGUGGAAGAUGAUGUCAGAAACUUUAAAUUUUUAAGAAGGCUUCUAAUUAAUUGCUUUUAAUCUAUAUAAUGUAUGUAGUAUGAUGUAAUGUGGCCAUUUUCUUUUAGAUUUUGUGCAGUUAAUAUUUAACAUUUAUUUUUGAUCAUUUAAAUAUUAAUAAACAUUACUUAAAAUAGACUCUUAGGUUAAAAUAUAAGAACAUGGUCUAUAACAUUCUUUUUCCUAUAUAUGUGAUACAGAGGACUGUAGAGGAGAUUUAAGUGAUUAUACCAUUUUAGGCUUAGAUAUAAUAUUCCAUGUGUUAUUUAUAGUACAGAACUUUUUGAGUAAUUCUAGCUUUUAAAAAUUAGUGAGUCCACUGAUGGUUGCCAUAGGGGAAGAAGAGAUAGGGAGUCUGGGAUCAGCAUGUACACACUGCUGUAUUUAAAAUGGAUAACCAACAAGGUCCUACUGUAUAGUACAGAGAACUCUGCUUAGUGUUAUCUGGCAGCCUGGAGGGGAGGGAUAUUUGGGAGAGAAUGGAUACAUGUAUAUACAUGAUUGAGUCCCUUUGCCAUACACCCAAAACUAUCACAACAUUGGUAAUCGACUAUACUCUAAUAUAAAGUAAAAAACUUUAAAAAUCCUAAAAAAAAAAAAAAAUAAGGAAAAUGUAUUUGAAAAAGCAUCUGUGCUAUGGAUACAGGGGGAGAGUAAACAAGGGGUACUUUGACAUGAUAAAAGUUAAAAGCAAAAAAAAAGAAAAAAUAGUGAGUCCUUUUAAUUAAUGUAUUUGGUGACAGUGUCACAUAAUGAAUACCAUUGGAAAGGUCAACAGCUACAGCUUGAGUUGUGAACACCAUACUGAAAGACUUAAACAGUCCUGUAUUAAUCAUCAUUGUGUAUUGUACUGUCUAGCUAUAGGAGUAUGAUCUUGUUAACGCAUUCUUGACGGCAAUAAAAUGUACAUGUUUAGUGAGAAGUUUUACGAAAGAAGUGGAAAUUGAUUUCUUGCUGUAUACAUUGGCACAAUAGUGUUAUAUUAUUCAGUGUGCUAACACUACUUCAAAGGGUAGGGUUUCUCUUGGUUGUAGAUUGUCUCAGAAUUGCAUUCUGAAUGAAUAAAGAUUUUAAAAAAUC